AUGUCCUCCGGAGGCGGUGGACGUUGGAAGCAGCAGUCACCUCCGGUUCUUCGACUAGUCGUUGUCGGCGGUGGCGGUGUUGGCAAAUCCGCUUUAACCAUCCAGUUUGUACAGAGACAUUUUGUAAUGGAUUACGAUCCAACAAUUGAGGAUUCUUAUACCAAACAAUGCUUUGUCGAUGAUGAUGUCUGCAAAUUAGAAGUGCUGGAUACGGCUGGCCAAGAGGAAUUCAGCACAAUGCGAGAACAAUAUUUACGUUCAGGCAAUGGGUUCCUACUGGUUUUCUCUGUAACUGAUCGAAAUAGCUUUGAAGAAGCUAUCCGGUUAUAUAAAUUGAUACUUCGGGUGAAAGAUCGGGAUGAAUUCCCGAUAAUACUUGUUGGCAAUAAAGCUGAUCUCGACAGUGAUAGGCUUAUUUCACGACAAGAAGCAGAAGAAUUGGCGAGGAGAUUACGAGUACCAUAUGUGGAAUGUUCCGCGAAACAUCGAAUGAAUGUCGAUGAAUCGUUUCAUAAUUUAGUACGCUUGAUACGAAGCUUUCAACAACAAGAACGACAAUCAUCGGAUGGAGUUGACUUAAUCCCAUCAAAAUCAAACUCAAAAAGAAAGCGUUACUGUCGUAUACAGUAA